AUGUAUGGUCAUGUUACAGGUGUGUGCAGAGGGAAACAAAGAUGUGCAAGAUGCAGUGGAGAUCAUGAAUACAGGAAAUGUGGACAGGGAGUAAAGCAGAAAUGUUGUAACUGCGGGGAAGAACACAGUGCUGGGUAUGGAGGGUGUAUUGUCAGGAAAGAGGCUGUGGAAAUACAGAAUGUCAGGAUUAUGGAGAGAGUGUCGUAUGCCGAAGCUUUUAAAAAAGUCAAGCAAGUACAAAAAGAGAGUGAGCAAGGGCGACCAACAGAGUUAUCGAGUGUCUUCAGGAGGAAUAACUCCAGACUCAUGGAGGGGAUCCUGAAACAGCAGCAGGAGCUUUUGGGAAUGGACAGUUCCAAAUACUCGGUGGAGUUUAUGAAGAACGGUACAGAUAAGCAAGAGCAUCAAGUGUUAUCUUGUCAGUCAGUGGUGAAGGUCUUAUCUCCAGAUGAUGGGCGGCUCAGUAUCGUCCAGGCAGCCCAGCAGCUCUGCCGGGCCGUUGAGCUGAAGGAAAAGACAUCCAAAGACAUUAACGUCACUGUGCUGGACUCAUUACUCAGAGAGUCAAAGAACAUACCAGACCCAGACCUGGUGCUGAAGUUCGGCCCUGUGGAAAGCACACUUGGGUUUCUUCCCUGGCACAUCAGACUAACGGAGAUUAUCUCCAUGCCGUCCCAUGUAGACGUCUCUUACGACGACCUGUUUGGUGCUCUGCAGCGCUAUGCGAUGUGCGAUCAGCGGUUGGGCAAGUGAGGAAGAGUCCACAGAGAGCAGAACAGAAGGAACUGAAUGAGCGAGAGGGGAUGGAGGGGGUCCGUCCAUCUCUUCAUGUUUACAGUACAAGCACUGGAGCCUCAGCGCCAGCAACCCACUGCUGCUGCUCUUCUCUGCCCGGAUCAUCUCUGCUCUUCUCCGCCAAGGCCUGCCGGGCGUCUCUCUGUGUGUAUGUGUGUGUGUGUGUGUGAUUAUACUUGUGCAUUUGUGUAUGUGUGAGUCUCCCAUGAGUAACUACACGCUGAAAAGGACGCAAGCGCUGCCUUGCGAUGUGCCCACCAGCAAGCCGGUUGCUCAUAUGGUGUAAAUUUACCAUUAUUUUUUUUUUAACUUUCCCGUAUCUUUGGACACUUUGGUAUGGUGGCAGUUUGUAAAAGUGCACUGAACUCUACAGACGUUAGUGUUACUCUAGUGUGACUUCACGGCAAACGAGAGCCCUUGGACAGAGAAAUGCGCUUGUAGUUGCACAGCUGCUUUCAGAUGGCGCAAACGUGCGAGAGAUUUCUAUUCGACAAAUCUUCUGCAUGCCGAAUCUGUCUUUCUGCAAUGUCAUGCUCCCAUUAAGGCUUAACAGGCUCUCUUAAAUGGUUAUGUGUGUUUAUUCAUAAUUGUGUUGUAUGAAUGUGCACAUGCGUGCCACAAAUGACAAUAAUUAGCAUUAAACCCUGAAGUUUGUAAUUCUAAGUGUGCAAAUUGACUGCUCUACAUCGUUCCCUCCGAAAGCUCUCGCCGUUUGUAAAUGCUUGUGGUGCCAAUUAUGUUUUUAUUUGAUUUUUAUUUGUCAUUAGGAAAUAUUGUUUCAUUCAGACGUCUGUUAUUUUUCUCUGUCAAUGCUUCUAUGCAUCAGAAAUGUUUCACAUUAAUAUUUCGUGAGAUCCGUGAUUGUUUUUUUUUUUCAUAAAAUGACACAGGCUUUUCAUCGUUCUGCUUACCAGAAGAAGUCUUAAAUGUGUAAUUCAUGGGUUGCCGUUGGAAGGGUUGGUUUGCUAGUGUCCAGUGUGAAUGUAUAAUAAACGCUACUGGAAUCCUUUAA